CCUAUACAAAGCUUAAUCGCUAACUGGAAAAGUUUCUUUUGAUGAUUUUAUAGUUUCAUGAACAUGCUAUAAAGUGAUUGAUAAAUUCGACACUGUGAUUUCUAUUUCUGUUGCUUCAUUUACUUGUUGGAUAGCUGCGUUGUAUGAACUAACUGAACUGUACACAGAGUCAAGACGUUGACAAUUUCAAUGGACAGCAGACCAUGAUUAAAAACAGAAUAGUAAACAGUUUUUUCCUGUGCUGGUACUUUUCUCAGGUAACUGUAGUUUCUUCUACGCUUGAACGCAAAUGUCAUUCAAGACUGGGAUUCCACAAUUCUCAUGUGUUUGAACUUUUCUCUUGUGCAUGGUGUUAUGAAUAUUUGUUUACCAUCAAACCUCAACGACAGUUGUUUGCUUCAGAUCGAGUUCCCGUUUUGUAUAACCCCUCAAAGAAGCUUCUUAUUUCACCAGAUAUCAAUAAUAAGACAAUUAUAAAUGAAGUGUGUUCCACUCUAGACAAUGAUGAAUGUCAUCGAUGGAAAUCAUGUUGUGUUGCUGCCAAUAAUUGUUGUAAAAGACAGUUAUCUAUACCUAUUGGAGAUGUAAAUGAAACAUGCGGUCGGACAUGGGAUGGAUGGGGAUGUUGGGACGACACAGAAAAAGAGAAACGAGUGUAUCUGUCAUGUCCACUUUAUUUGCAAUAUUCACUUCCUAUACGACAGGCAGUGAAAACUUGCCAGCAUAAUGCAAGUUGGGAAAUACGAGAUGGUCGAGAAUGGACAAAUUAUCAGCCAUGUUUAACGGUUGAUGAUUUGAAAACUUCCAUAUUUGUUGGACUUGGCUGCAGUAUAUCUAGUAUACUUGUGCUGUUUCCGUCUAUUUUCAUUUUCAUAAGAUAUCAAGGUCUUCGGAAACAGCACAGGGUACGACUGCAUAUUAAUUUAUUCUUAUCAUUACUGCUUAAGGAGAUUGCUGUUGCAUGUUGGGAUAUGUUAGUAACUUACGAGAGAAUUACCAGUAUUGAUACAAGCAGUACAGUACUAGCGGGAAAUGGGGCAGGCUGUAAGAUCCUAUCAUUUGUGAAAAUCUACUUUAAAUGUGCAAGUUUUACUUGGAUGUUUUGUGAAGGCUUGUUUUUGCAUCGACUUAUGAGUGACGCCUUUUCUCCUCCCAGAUCACUUAUACCUUUCUAUGUAGCCGGUUGGACUGUUCCUUUUAUAACAACACUCAUUUAUGCAAUACUGCGUGCUGUUUAUGCAAAUGAAAGUUGUUGGUCAACUAGCUACGGACAUUUUGAAUGGAUAUUUGAUAUACCAAAUCUUAUUUUUCUAGCUGUGAAUCUGAUCUUUCUUUGUAACAUUCUUCGGAUACUGCUCACACAGAUGCAGUCUCACCCCAAUGAACCCAGUAAUUUCAGAAAAGCUUUAAAGGCAAUGUUUGUGUUAAUUCCUUUGUUUGGAAUACAGUUGGUCGUGACUAUAUAUAGAGUACCAAUCACUGAGACAGGCGGUUUACAGUACGAACGAUUUUCUAUUAUCAUUAACAAUCUACAGGGAUUUCUUGUGGCACUGAUAUUUUGUUUCCUAAACAAUGAAGUAUUUUCAUAUCUACGCCGGACAUGGCGCCGACGAAUAAGGGAUCGUGGUAUUUCACAUUCAAGAAGUAAAUUCAACUCUACUUCAGUUAACAUGACACUUACUUCGAGAGCAGAAGGCGACUUUCAAUGUGUUCAUAGAUCACUAUUUGAUAAGGUUGAGGAAAAUGGUGGAGAUCGUAUAAGUCGGGAAGUUAAUGAACAUAUUCCAUGUGUGAAUUUCAAGGAUGACAGUUUAGACAAUUCAUGUAACAGAGUCCUUCUUAGUAACAAUGAUGCUUAAAAUGGUUCAUCGUGAUUUUUUUACUGUAAAUGUUAGUGCCUUUUAUGACUGUUGUUUGUCAAAAAUUCUUAACAUGAUAUUAUCCAAUUUUUACACACAAUAAAUGUUUUAUUAAAUAUAUUUAAUGUA